AUGCCGACUAAUAACAAGCCUAUAUAUCUGUUGGGCCUGGUGGUGAGCGAGAACAGUACGAUCGGGGAGUCGAUCAUAGAGGAUGUUUCAGAGGUCUCGGAGGCCAACAACAACCUCGAUACGGACUCGGGAGACCAGAACCUCACGUGCGGCGAAUGGUCCAGCUGUUCGAGGAGCUGCGGCGGUGGGAUUUCCAGGCAGCAGCGGCGUUGCAGGAGAAAACAAAGUAAAAACAAAGGGAGAUCGUGGAGCACGAAAUACAAGAUCUGCAAUCCGGAGCCCUGCGAGAACCCGAGCGAUUUCCGGGCAGAGCAAUGCGCCGCGUUCGACGACGUGCCGUACAGCGGGCAACUGCUGAAAUGGUAUCCACAUUACGACCCGACCAGGCCGUGCGCUUUGAUCUGCCGUGGCGAGCAAUCGCUGGAGAACACCGAGGGUCGGCUCAGGCAGGAAACGUCCGCCGAAAAGACGCUUCCGCGCGACGCCACCGACGCUUUGCAGCUUGACAGCGAGGAGACGAUCGUGGUCCAGCUCGCGGACAAGGUGGAAGAUGGCACCAAGUGCUACAUCGACAGCGUGGACGUCUGCAUUGGUGGUGAAUGCAUGAAAGUCGGUUGCGACCUGCGAGUCGGCAGCAACAGGAACACGGACCCGUGCGGCGUGUGCGGCGGAAACGGAUCGAGCUGCCAAUCGCGAUACUCGUGGAGUUUGGAAUCGAUAUCCGCCUGCUCGAAAUCAUGCGGCGGAGGCUUCAAGAUCGCGAGGGCGGUGUGCAAGGCCAUCGGCCCAGACGAUACUGUAGUAGACGACAGCUAUUGCGAUCCGGACAACAGACCAGAGAAGACCCUGCUACCGUGCAACACGCACCCCUGCACCGCCAAAUGGGUAGCCGGCGAGUGGAGUAUGUGCAGCGCUAGCUGUGGAGGUGGAUCGAGAACCAGAACGAUUUUCUGCACCGAGGAGAACGGCAAUGAGACUACGAAGCUGCCUGACCACAAAUGCAGCAACACGCACAAACCCCGUAACCAGGAAACUUGCAACACCAUCUCGUGUCCCAUGUGGGAGACCAAUAAAUGGAGCGAGUGUUCGACGACCUGCGGGACCGGAGUCAGAACGAGGACAAUCGAGUGCAGGGACGCCGUUGGUUCGAUCUCAAAGGACUGCGAGCCUGCCGAACGACCGCACACCGAGCAAGAGUGUAAAACAAAUAUCCCCUGUCCGAUAUUCGGAGAGGAAAUGAGGCAGCCGCUGAUGCAACCGUACCCACCUCCAUCGGUGUCAGAAAAAUUGAUCGACCAGCCGAUACCCUUCGAAUCCACGUUCAUCGUGGAGCAAUGGUCACCGUGCAGCGUCACCUGCGGCGAAGGGAUCAAGAAACGGAAAGUCCAAUGCAGGAUAUACCUGGAGUUCAGUAAAACGUUCGCCAACCUGCCAGAUCAUAAUUGCUCGGGACCGAAGCCCGUGGAGAAAGAGAAAUGCGUGCUGAGAGCGUGCAACAUCAUCGAAAACAGCCUGAUCUAUGGCAUCGACACUGUCGGCGACAGUGGAUACGCGGAACCAAGCCUGACGGACACUUACAGAUCGACAGCGGGAGGUUCGAGCGGAAGUGGCUACGACUCUGGAAUUAAGGUGGCCCCAGGAAGCGACGUGCAAACCACCUACUCGUGGAAGGAAACUGGUUACACCCCUUGCAGCGCGACUUGCCUCGGUGGUAUCCAGGAACUGAUUGUCAAUUGCAUACGAGACGACAAUAAGAAGACUGUCACGCCUUUCCUCUGCACCGGUGAAACGAAACCGGAAGCUAGGAUAAAGGUUUGCAACGACCACCCUUGCCCGCCUAGAUGGAAUUUCAGCGAAUUUUUACCGUGCAAUAACCCAUGUGGGAUCGGCAUACAGACUCGCGACGUCACAUGCAUACACGAGGUGACACGUGGCACAAGUAAUACGGUGCCAAACUACAUGUGCCCGCAGCCACUACCAGCGGACAGACAAUACUGCAAUGUAUUAGAUUGCCCGGUUAAAUGGAGUACCGGCGACUGGAGUAAGUGCUCGAAAACUUGUGGAGUAGGCGUGAGGGUACGUGAAGUGACCUGCGAACAGGUAAUGGCCCAGGGGCACACACAAAGUCGGGAGGAACAUGAAUGCCCGUCUCCAAAGCCUGCCUCGAAGAAGCCUUGCAACACCAGAGAGUGUCACACUAUAGAUGCGGGAUCCCUGCCUAUAAUUACCAGUCAAAACACCACGUAUAACCAGACAGACUUAAACGCAAACGUAGACUUAAAGAUCGGCGGUAUCGCGGAAGUCUUUCACGGCAUAUCUUCGAUUAAGAUUCGCUGUCCCGUUAGAAAAUUUGACAAAGCGCUGAUCACGUGGGCCAAGGAUAACAGAAAAUUAAAGAAAUCGAGAAAGUACAAGAUUAGCAGGAAGGGAGCGUUGAAAAUAAAGGACAUAAUAUCCACUGACGCUGGCGUUUACGCGUGUAUAGCGGGAAAUUCGCAAGCGGAAACACAAAUAAUUGUAAAAUCCCGUACAAAGGAACAAAUUAGCAGCGAGGAGUAUUUACGACUAAGCAAUUCCGUCCAUCGGCAACGAAACGCGAAUUUAGAUUCGGCACCAGCAAAUUCGGGGGAAAGUCUCUAUACUGAUCGAGCAGCCGCUUAUGGAAAUCGAUUUGUCCCGAUCGACAGCGAAGAUCUAAGUCAUGAACGAGCAGUCCCUAGCAAACCAACGAGAAAACCCCAUCAGAAAAAACAAAAGACCAGUCCGACACCACCGGAUUCCACGAUGAUGCAUAAGGAAAACACUAUAACUUCGUUGAAUCAGCCAGGAUACCACGAAUCUGUAGAAUCGACUGCACCUUCGAGUUCAAGUGCCUCUACUCUUGUACCGCACUUAACUUACUUUAUAUCGACAUUAAAGGAAUACUGGCCAUUCCAAAGUGAAAGCUCUGUCAAGAGGUCUCAUAGAACAGCCCCAGUAGCAUUCAUCGACGACGUAAGAAAAGAAGCAGUUGUGACAAAACGCACCAUGCCUGAAAGGAAUUCCGACUUGAGAUACCAAAACGUGGAAGAUAACUUGGACAUCUUGUACCGUAAUACUGCUAUACCAGAUGAGACAUUUGGACCGGAUGAAGAAAGAAUAUUCAUCGAUGUCGAUCCAUAUGAUUUAGACGAGUCCAUGUUUGGACUAGAUCACAGCGAGCCAGUGAAAAUUACUCCUGUUGUGAAUAAAGAUAGUUUGGUCACUCCUGCGAAAUCUGAUAUAAAUUACGUUGAAGAAUCUUUAAAGAACGUCAAGAGACAAUGGCACGAUACAUCAGAAGUUAAAAAUCAUUGGAGCCCUACGUCUAAAAACCAAAAUGAGAAAUCUGUAAACUUGGCAACUAGCUCAGAUAACAUUAAUUUGGAGAUGUACUAUAUGCCAAACUCGAAUAUCAAGGAAACUACAGAAAAAUUCGAAGACUCCCAUGACGAAAGUACUGACAAAAUAGCUCAUGAUAAUACUGGAAAUGAACAUGUUUCACCUACGAUGUCGCUCAAAGAAAUGGACGUUGUUUCAAAAAAAUCAAAUAUUAGUGACGAGAAAAUAAAAAUAUUAAAUCAGACAGAAGACUACGGGGAAAUUUUUGAGGAAGAAAUGAAAAAACGAAAAGUCUAUGUUGAAAAUGAUACGGUUGAUGAUAGUAUUAUACAAGCAGCUACGUCUAGAGAUUUGGAAGACGAUUUAAUCGAUUUAGCGUUAACGGAAAAUCAAGAAUCCGAGGAAAUCGAAAAAGAUGUAAAAAAUCUGCUACGAAAUCAAGAAAAUCGUAACAAUUCGUUUGAGGACACAACUGAUUUUGAAGAACGAUCGACUAGUGAAGAAACACAGAAAAUGAACAAGUUUUUGGAUGUAGCGACUACAUCCUUUGUCGGACCAAAUGCCACUAUCGAGUCUACAAUCGCGUCUCUUAGUAUAUUAGAUACGGAGGAUUUGAUUUUCGAAUGGGUUACAACAGAUUGGUCAAAGUGCUCCCAAACUUGCGGAGGAAGCGGAUUUCAGAUGCGAAGAGCCCAAUGUACAGUUCGAGCAGCAAAACCGAUUAGAAACACAACUCGUACAGCACCUCAGACAGUCGUAGAGGCAACAUUAUGUGAAGAUGCUGGACAUCCUGUACCUCAGAAAGUCAGACCUUGUGGGUUUGGUAAAUGUCCUCAAUGGCAUACAACUGAAUGGACCCCGUGUGAAACCUCCAGAUGCUUCACUUGGAAAACUGCAAUGCAGAGACGUAAUAUUACUUGUCGUUUGGUCGAGAAUAUAGAAAGCAGACAACAGAAUAUCACAUUACUUGAUCCUAAUAAGUGUGAUGAUACUACUAGACCUCUUCAAAGACAAGAAUGUUAUAAUGAUGCCUGCAAAGGAGUUUGGAGAGUUGGAAAUUGGUCUGAGUGUACAGCAUCAUGUGAAGAAGAUGGUAUCAAAUACAGAAUUUUACAGUGCGUUUGGUAUGGCACAAAGAAACCAGCUGGUAAUGCGUGCAGAGAUAUUCCACGACCUCCUGUUAUGAAGACUUGUAGAGGUCCACUAUGUCCUGAUAACUGCAAAGACCAUUCGCAAUUGUGUAGCAGAGUGAAAACAAUGAAUAGGUGCAGAGUGCCCCUUUAUCAGAAGCAAUGCUGUCAAUCGUGUCAGCAAUUGUCAGCAAUUGUUGGUACGAAAAGAAACGUUCUAGAUAAAAAUUGAUGUAAUGAGAGGUGUGCGCUAGGAGAAUGUCAUAGUGAAGACAACGAGUUGAUGAUUAUCUUCGUGAACGUUCGCUAAAAUGCUCCCUGAAAUGCUUGUCUGUUAAAAAAAAUAAAAAAAAAUAAAGAAUUGUAUUUGAAUUUACGAACAUAUGCAGCUAAAAAAUAUGUAAGAAAUAUUGAAGAAACGGUAUCGACCAAAUUACUUCCGCUGGUAAUUGUUCCCCAUCCUUUCUCCGUGCCCUGGAGCAUAACGUGUUCGCGUCUGUACACUAGAUUCUUCUUGCACCCACUAAGAAUCUAAUUUCCAAUUGUGUGCUAAUUAAAGCUAUAAUUUUCGGACGUGUAUCACGUGUAGUUUGGCACAACUCCUAAUUGCGCACGCUCAUACCGUGGGAAGAACAAGAAAAUCCCGGCAUUCGUCCAAGAAGUUAAGAAAUUAUAUUGUUGAAGUUCAAUAAAACCGGAAUACUAGAAAAAAUAUUUGUAGCUUGAAAGGAGCUACCGCGAUGUUAUCGUUGUGAAAUGAUACGUCAUCAGAGUUCGCGUGACGUUGAGGUUACGAAAGACGAGCUUUACAAAGCUGUUCAAAUUUUAAAUGGAAAUGUUACAUAUGGGUGGGGAGGGGUGAACGGAACAGUAAUCUUGAUCAUAUUGUAAAAAGUAGCACAAAAAUUAAUUCUCCGAAGCUUUAUUUUUUUACAUGUAUUUCUUGGAUGACACAUGUUCGAUCUCUCGGUUCCCGUUUCCAAAAUACACGCGGUUCUCGUCAACAUCAUUUUUAUCGAAGACUGAAAAAUGCUACAUACUUGUUCUGCAUAAUUUCGUGAAGUUCACCGUUCCCAUCAGACAUUCGCAAGAAUCGAGAAAUCAAUUUCCAUUUCUUACGCUCCAAAGAGUCUUCACACGCAUUCCGCUGUACCCUUCCAAAUAGAAGAGUGUUACACGCGUUUUGUUAUGUUUCCACAGGGGUAUAUUUAUUGCAACGUUACUUCUAAGUUCCACAAUACACUAUACAAAUUAUUAAAUGAACGAUAUUAAGUUAAUGAAUGAUAAAGUAUAAAAGUUACUAACGAUAUAAGUUAUAAAUGAAUUAUUACGCGCCUAUAAACGCCUCAUGAGGCGUAUGUAAGCCAAUAGAUUCUAAGCAAUAAAAUAUAUAGGUACUGUAAUAUACUAUUUUGUUAAUAACCUCUGGCGAAAAUUCGUUAACAUGACGUUCCAUUUUUAAACAAAA